GAGCAGUCUGUCUACCCCUCCGAGGAAUCGCUAGCGCAUGCGCGCUCAGCGCUUAAAAAUGCAGAGGGAAGAUAUAAUGAAUGACUAUCCAGCAAGUAGAUAUUGUUCUCAUUCAAGUUCGAAUGGAGACGAUGGAUGCUCCGACGAAAAUGCCUUUCCAUGUAACACGAGUUCUUGGACUAGUGAUUUUGUAGAUAAACUGGGCAUUAGAAAGGUAUUGACAAACCCAUUUGAACUGGUACGCACAGAGUGGUCAUUAUGUCAAAUGUCAUCCGCUGAAUUAACUAGAAUUGAUGAACUUGCUAAAAUGUGCAGUUUCAUGCCUCGUGCUGAUUGCUAUUCAUUGGAGGAGAUACCGUAUGAAGAAACCAAAUGUUACAAACAGUGGGUAAAGGAGUGGUUUCCAACAAUUACAGUCAAAGAGUUCAAGUUGUUCAGUAGAAACUAUGAAGAGUUUGCAUAUUUUCUGUUUGAUACCAUGCAGCAAAUACAUCAAAGACAGUUGCCACAUGAAGUUGCUUAUCAAGUUCUCUUUGAAAAAAUUCUGAAUUUGUUUGAAUUUAAAGUCAAGUAA